AUGGGCUGCACACCAGAGUCGUUCAAGAGGAGGACUCUGUCAGACCAGCAAAAUCAGCUAAACCAGACCCUCAAAGGCCGACAUUUGCACAUGAUUGCCAUUGGCGGAAGUAUUGGUGCUGGCUUGUUCGUUGGUUCUGGCGGUGCACUGGCUGAUGGCGGUCCUGCGACAUUGCUAAUUGAUUUCUUUAUUAUUGGUGUCAUGAUGUUCAACGUCGUGUUUGCUCUUGGUGAACUUGCGAUCAUGUACCCCAUCUCCGGAGGCUUCUAUACCUAUUCGACACGGUUUAUUGACCCAUCUUGGGGCUUUGCAAUGGGUUGGAACUAUGUUUUUCAGUGGGCCAUCGUGCUACCGCUUGAGCUCACAGUUGCUGGCCUGACAAUCAACUACUGGCAAGUGGACGUCAGUGUCGGAGUGUGGAUCACAGUGUUUAUUGUCGCCAUCAUUUUGAUCAAUGUUUUCGGUGUUCUCGGUUAUGGUGAAGAGGAGUUUUGGUCCAGUGUCCUAAAACUCUCAGCUAUUGUCAUCUUCAUGAUCAUUGCGCUUGUCUGUGUCCUCGGCGGUGGCCCGAGCAAUGGCAAAUAUUCUGAAUACUGGGGCGCACGUCUAUGGUAUAACCCAGGCGCAUUCAAUAACGGAUUCAAAGGCAUGGACAUCCCUAUCCUCCGUGUAUGCUCUGUCUUCGUCACCGCCGCUUUUGCCUUCUCAGGAACUGAACUUGUCGGUUUGGCUGCUGCUGAAUCCAAGACACCUCUCCAGUCUCUACCAUCCGCCGUCAAACAGGUCUUCUGGCGUAUCACCCUCUUUUAUAUCCUUGGUCUCCUCUUCAUUGGGCUUCUUGUCGACUACAACGAUAAGCGGCUGAUUGGCUCAGGCGGAUACAUUGAUGUUACAGCUUCGCCUUUCGUCAUUGCAGCCAAGGAUGCUGGACUUACUGGAUUCGACAGCUUCAUGAAUGUUAUCAUUCUUAUUUCCGUCCUUUCUAUUGGCAACUCUGGUGUUUACGGCGGAUCCCGCACGUUGACUGCCCUUGCUGAGCAAGGUUAUGCACCCAAGAUCUUUACCUAUAUUGAUCGUGCUGGCCGCCCGCUUGCCUCGACGGUUACUCUUAUUGCUUUCUCUUUCCUCGCAUACGUCAAUCUAAGUGCCGACGGCGUGGAGGUUUUCGAUUGGCUGCUUGCCUUGUCUGGUCUCGCUGCUCUGUUUACCUGGGGCAGUAUCUGUUUUGCUCAUAUCCGCUUCCGAGCUGCAUGGAAGUACCAUGGCCACACCCUCGAUGAGCUUCCCUUCAAAGCUGCCUUUGGCGUGGUUGGUUCCUGGAUUGGACUCGGCCUCAUCGUUCUUGUCCUCAUCGCACAGUUCUAUACCUCGAUUUGGCCAUUGGGCGGAGGCGUCAAUGACGCGAAAGGCUUUUUCAAGUCUUAUCUUGCUAUGCCGGUCGUCCUAUUCUUCUGGGCAUGUGGGUAUCUCUGGAAACGGGAGGGUUUCCUGAAGCUCAGUCAGAUCGAUGUUGACACCGGCCGUCGUGAGAUCGAUUGGGAAGCACAUAACGCUAUGAAGGAACGGAAGAGAAACGCCUCUGCAUUUAUGCGAAUCAUUUACUUCCUAUUUUAA